AUGGAUAUCCAAGAUCAGAUUGAAGACGAUAUACAGUCCCUAUUUCUGGACGAAUACCGGGGAGACCUUCGCCAGGCAUACAAUGACAUUAUCCAACAUGAAUCACAACUAAACAUAAACCCCGAUGAGUCCCACCCCGAGCAGAGAGCUUACUUUCUUCGAUCAAAGAUACAAGUACAUAUGCUUCGUGGCAGACUCAACGAUGCCUACACCGCACUAGACGAGUUCAAGACUUUUGUCGAUGACAACGUGUUCAGCGAACCAAAAAGGCUUGCUUCAUACUGGGGUCUGCGAUACGCCGCAGCUAAACUCCUCGUAGACUACUAUAGACGCUAUCCGCCAUGUAUUCGAUAUCAACAUGAGUCUCAGUCUCCGACAAAUACGGCCUUGAUAGAAGGUAUCACAGGACCGAAUGAGAUUACUGCAGAGUUGAAUCAGAAUAUACAAAAGUAUUGCGCCAAUGCAACGGAGGAAGAAACCACAAAUAACCAAAUGGAUAUGAAUAUUUGCAUCUUCUUUCUUGUCUUGCUCCACUUUCCACAGCAGUUGAGACUAGUGACGUUACGACACUCGGCCUAUCCAGACGGUAAUUGGAAGCCUAAUGAUGGCAAGACCCCCGAAGAAGUCAUUGCUUCUGUGGCACCUUAUUUGCAUAAUUUUGUGCAGAGGGCACCCUUGGAUGAGACAACUGAUUUGACAUCUCUAUACGCACAGAGAUUGAACAUUGAACUUCACUAUGCGAUGGAAUCUCCGUCUCUGAGGACCUUGUUACCAAAACUCUUUCAUGCCCACGAGCGUUUUUCAGAUCAGGCUGGAAUGGCAAAUAGCAAGCUAAUUGAAGGUGAUACUUUAUACUCACCUCCAUUCACUAGUCCGAUUAUUCAGAAUCUCGUCCCGGUGCCCGGUUCUCACGCCGCUGGUGAUCACAAUAUCUGGGACACACCCGAAGUUAAAAUUGCGCUCAAGGACUCCGAAGAGGCUUUUCGUUGCUAUGAGGAAGCACUUGAACUUUUUGAAACAUCAAAUAGUUCUCGUGGGAAAGCUGCCGUUCAUCUCCGUCUCGCUAGUAUAUUGCAUGCCAGAUCUUACAACUAUGCUCCCGCGGAUAAUGAAAGGGCCGUCCUUCUACAAGAUGCGAGCGAGCACUGUGACAAGUCACUGACAUUGUUUGACAUGGACGAGGCAAAUGCACAGAUUGUCAAAGCAAAUCAAAUUCUCAUUGAAAUCUCCAAGGGUCAUACGAACAUGGCAGACCUACAAAAACGUGCCGGGGAAAUAGGCAAAUGGGGCCGUGAAUGCCAAAACGAACUUAUCGCCUUCCAUAUAGGCACGGUAAUGAUACGAUUUGCUCGGCGUGAAUGGGGAAGAUACUCCCGAUUCGAUACCGCCAAUGCUUGCUAUGAAUGUGCCUAUGUAUGCUGUACAGAGCUUGGAGCACGUUUACCAGCUUUCAUUGCCCUGUUUGCCAGGGCAGCUCUGCAAAAUGAAAUGAACAAUAUUGCGGCUACAGCCGUGCUGGCGGAUCAAUGCAUUGUUAUGUUUGACAAUGUCGUGCAAAGCCUUAAUCAACAAAUCCAAAACAUCAAUGCGGAGACCCCCAUUGGCAAAAUUGAACGUCAGCAUCUAUUGACUCGGAAAUAUGAAUUCAUGUCUACCUUCAAUAAUAGCAUCAGUCGAAUCCUCGCACGGAGGGAUUCCCUGGAUACAUUAGAGAAUUAUCGUAGAUGGAAAGAGAAAUUUCGCUGGUACGAGCAAAACGACGAAAGCUUUGCAUUCGUCAGAGGGGAACCUGAGAAUGACUCAGGUCCAAGGCAGUCCGACGUUGCGAAAAAGUAUUUUGGUCAAUCUCUUGACGAUAUACUGAAAGUCUUUGCUCUUGAUAACGACAUCUCGGACAAAUUUUGGGCCGCCGACAUGGAGUUCAAUCAGGCUAUACUUGACGGAAACAUGGACAAAGCUGAGUCUGUUAUGCACGAUUUCAUCAAGACUGCGCAAGGAUUCAAGAGAGUGUACAGCCAAUAUAUGUACAAAAUGAUUGCGUAUGGCCGAAUAGGCGACGUCUUAAAAAUGCAGGAGAUAUUGGAUUCAGUGACUGAUUCUGAAUUGUUCAACACUAGACUCGAGGAGUUUCUGAAUGGUAAAAAUGUGGACAUGUUCUUCUCCUCUCUGGCAAACAAUGCAAUAUUCGUAUGCGUGAAUGCUACGGAUUGGAAACGAGGGUUGCGAGUUCUAGACCUCGUUCUGAAGAUUCGUCCGAAUUACUUUGAUGAAUCGCCGAGUGAAAGUCCGAUUGAUUUGUCGAUAAGACAGGCCCAUGCGGCUACCAUAUAUCUGAAUAAUGCUCAACCAGAAGUGGCGUUUCGAAUGUUGCUCAAGGCAAGACGCCUCAUUGAACUGCGCCGGAGCCAGGCCAGUGAUAUGGAUGUCAAGGUUGGAGUAUUAUCUAGAGGACUGAUUGAAACCUUCUUGCAGUUGGUGAUCAUAUGUUUGGAAUGUGCGAAACUACAUCUUCCCCUGAGCAUCCUCAACUCCUAUGACCAUAGUCAUCCGCAGGUAUCUUGGGAAGAGCAUGCAUUACUUUUCAUGGAAGAGGCACGGGCAAGAUCUCUGAUUGAUUCACUUAUCUCAUCAGCUCAACAGCAAUCAGACGAGGAAGGAAGAAGAAGAAUGUCCGAGAGCAUAUAUAAGCGUCGAGCACUAACCCAUCUUCUAUCCAUUCAUAAGCGAACGGAAAAUCAAGACAAAGAACUCGAUGAGCUUGCUCGAGAAGUUGAACGGUUGGACGUCGGAACAUGGUCGUCUUCAGCCAACGAUCUUAUGGAUACCAUGAAUUCUGCGGUACUGCCGCUCGACUUGUAUGGUCACCUCAGCGAUGAUACGGUGGUGAUUGAGGCGAGCUUUAAUAUAUCAGGGUGUAUCCUGAUGGCUAUCACCAAAAAUGGCAUACAAUCCUACGAGACCAACAAUAUCCGCGACAUAGACAUCAGAAAAUGGGCAACGGAAUUGAUGCAAAUCAUGAGGGAUAUGAGCGGGCUUCGAGAACCCGAAGAAGAAGAUCGCAAAGCACGAAUGGAGGAGCUUUCAGGGCAAAUUUCAGAUGUUCUUUUACGUCCUUUUGCUGCCAUCAUCCGAGAAAAGAGUCAGAUCAUCUUCUCUCUGUCUCAACCGCUGACUGCGUUCCCGGUAUCAGCACUGGUGUUUGAUGGGAAGCCACUGGUUUUGCAUGCAGCUGUUUCGCAGACACCUAGCUUGACUGCUCUUUAUCACUUGUCGAAGCGACGUGCGGCAUCAGCUAUGCCGACGGUGUCGGUUUUCACCAAAGCUUUAGCUGGUGAUCAAUCUUCAGAGAGUGAUCGAGCCACAAAAGAGACAUUUCUUCCUAUGGCCGGCGUUGAAGCAAUAAGUAUAUCUAAUCUGUUCUCCACUUGGCCCAUCGAAGCAUCAAAUCUAUCUCGCGCCCAAUUCCGCGAUCAUAUCCAAGGCCACACCUCAAUUCUGCACAUUGGAACCCAUGGGACCGUUAACGCCGGAAGUCCACUACUGUCCUCCAUCUCUAUCGGUGAAGACUUUCGAGUCAUCGACAUGUCACCUAUCCAGAGCCGAGCGAACCUGAUCGUCUUCGCUGCUUGUCUCAGUGGUCUGGGGAGAGCAACUGCCGGAAACGAUGUUUUGGGAUUCACUCAUGUCGUGCUGGGGACUGGGUGUCAGGCAUAUAUCGGAACGCUGUUUGAGAUUAGUGAUUUCGCGUCUAUGAUUUUGAUGACAUUGUUUUAUCGACAGAUUAAGGAUACGCUCGGUCUGUCCUUGGCUGAAGCUCUACGUCGUGCUCAGGUGGAGUUUUUGCAUUUUGAUGAUGAGAAGGCUACUGCUUUUCUGGAUCAAUUGCUUGAAGCAUGGGACGCAACUUCCAUGACGGAAUCGGGUAUUAAAAGUCCAGAGGACUUUGUGCCGGAUGGCAAAUAUCUACUGACAUUGCAGAAGAUGAUGCUGCCUCAGAUUGAUUGGACAAGCCCUAUAUUCUGGGCUUCGUUUGCGUUGAUGGGAUAUGGUGAUUUUUGCUUUAGCUAUCCUGGUUGA